AUGGAUGGGAACCUGGGGGCGAAGCCACCGCCGGAUCGAGCAAGCUCGGGACAAUUAGAUGGGAUCGGAGGAGGCGUAGGCGGAGACUCUGGAUUUGUCGCUUCUGGGCCGAUGGGGGGCGCCGGCGGCUACGGGGACACUUCGAGCACGGUACCAGUCGCCGUCCCUGUCUGCUUUGAUCAGCAUUUCGGCCGACGUAUUUCCGCAGUUUUCUUGUUUCUUGAUUCCUUUCGCUGAAUACGGAUGGGGCAGCGGUUGUAGUUUGAUUAGGGCUCGACCUUCGCUCUUCUUAUGCGCGAACUAGAUUAGGCAUUUUUGUCUAGCCAGUACACUUGCGGGUUCGGAUGUAUUGCGCAGGGAAAAGCUUCAUCUAUAUUGUUUUUUAUUUAUUCCAUUUAUCUUUUUCGAAUGGAGUAGAUCACGUGCCUCGAUGAAUUGAGGUGUGAGCGGCUAGGCAUAUCUGUGGAAGAUUAUUUAAUUUGAUUCGCGAGGUAUUUCGCUCGAUUUUCUUUUCUCUGAAUCAAAACUUUACUGAAUAGAGUCGGAUAUUUUCUUUGUAAUCCAUGAAUGAGGUAGAAAUAUUUAUCCCACCACAGACAAGUUUAGGCCAAAUAAGUGCACACCUACGAAGAAGAGAAAUACUGACCAUAUGUCAGCUUUUGGUUUCCGAUAGGGCGUCAUAAGCAUACAGAACAUUGGGUUCUGUCGUAACAACUUUAAAUCUUGAGAUAAUAUCUUCAUUCCGUGAACUCUGUGUCUGACAGUUCAUCAUGGGCAUUAGAAACAAUCACUAUUACCAUCUUCUCAAGAUGGUCAAUAAUGUUAAGUCAUCUUCUCAGCCUUAUCCUUAUGGUGAAGGUGGCCCUUCGUUUGAAAAAGUUGAGACGAUCUCCUCAAUAUAGUCACAAGCGUUUUUAUUGGUAUGAAUGGAUUAUCCUCUUUUUUCGGCCUCACACCUUUUGUCUAUCAUCAAUUUUAGGAAUUUUAUAUUCCUUUGCAGUUAAUUUUGAAAGGUUCAUCAUAAUUUUCACUCUUGGGUUGGUUGCUUCCAAAUGUAGAAUCAGAGUCAAAAUGCGUUAAAUUAUAAAAACACUUCUCCUGUACUCAAGUUUUUACUGGACAACGAUGUCUCACCUCUUUAACUGAGCAUUUUUCCGCGGAGUUAGAUAUUAGAAAGUACUUACUACAUGCAUCAUAAGCCAUAUACUUUGCGCUUGCGUUAACAGAUGAAGCCCAUUUCCUUGCCCUGGUACGCCAUAGCAUAGUCUGAACCUGCCAAGGAGUAUUAUUGUGGAUAUGACUGCCAUUUUCUGAGAUUUCAAUCUAUCACAGGGGAUAUAUUCGCAUGAGAGGUAGUAUUGUUAAUGGCAUGCCAGCAUUUGGUUCCCUAAGAGUAAUGAAACGUGUUGUAUUUAAUACAAUUUCUCCCAUUAUUUUAUUCUGCGAAAAGACACCGAGAGGGGGGAACAAUAAUUGUAUUGCGUGCUUCCUUUCUGAAUUAUAGGAACAAGUUUAUAUCAUCGUUCUUGGAUUCAGAUAGGGUGAACGGAUUGAUCAAAGGCAAUCUGUUAUAUCUUGGUAUUUAUUUUCUUUCCCUUUUUGCAACUAGCAUAUGGUAUACUUUUUUUCCGAAAAAUAUUUAUUUGUGUUUGGUAUCUAAACUACGUUGUAAAACUGUAUAUUGUAGAAUCUGUUGUAUUUCGUGAAGAUUUUAAACCCUGUUCUGGUGUUCUUUUCGUGAGUCUCAGAUGGUAGAAUCAGCAUCCGUUGCGUGGACGGAUGAGAAACACAGCUCAUUUCUGAAUUCAAUUGAGGCAUCUUUUGUCAACCAGAUGUACAGCCAGGAGCUUUUUCGAGGUCUAACAUCGAGAACACAGAAAGAUGUGGAUGAUGACCCAUGCUCUGCCCAGGUAAAAAAGAUCAGUUUCUUUUCCCCUCAGACGGAGCCUGUUCUUUAAUAUUUUUACUAUAGUCCUCAGCAUUAUUAAAAUAAUUCACAUUAUUCAGUAUGAGGUCCUGAAAGGUUGUCUCUGGGGACUCGAGCAGAAACCCACUCAAGCAGGCAUUCAGAAUGAGGCUCACAUUCCGUCAAGGAACCCUUGGAUUCGGUGGAAAGGGACAAGCUCAAAUCAGUUCCAUAACUCUUGUAUGAACUCAUCCCAUCUGGACUCUGUCGGGUUCAGUACGGGUACGUUCGUUCAACGACUGCACUAAAAUGCAUAAUUACCUCUCCAUCCUGUGACCAUGAGGCGAAAUUGAUAUAUUUUAUUAUUAACCUUUUUUAAAUCUUAAAAAAUCAUUUUCUUGCCUUUUCCAUUUUAAAAUGCUGGGCAGUUACUACUUUAGUUUCCUUAAUUUGCUCCUCGUAACUUGAUGACUUUAAUCUUACAUCCUAAUUCAUACACGGACGUAAAUAUUUACAAUAUCUUGGGAUACUAAUAUGCAAUUCCGUUUUUUCUCAUUUGUAGAUUACAUUAUAUUUGUUUUAUGAUAAUUAAAGGUUUCGCGGAAAUUUCUGUUUGAUAUAUAAUUUUGAGUACCAGGGAGGCAUCUCAACAAGAUUCUGUAGGAGAAUUAGACAUUAAUUUUUUUUAAAAAAUCAAAAUAUUUACUUAAUAAAAUUUCAAAUCUAGGAGUCUGUAACUGAUGGUCGGGGAUAAUGGUUAUGGCUUUUAAUUAAUGGAAAGUCGAGUGGAAUUUAGAUAAAGCCUCCUAGUAUAUUUUAAACAAAAUAAUUUUUGAAAUUUGUCCGACUGAUCUCUCCCAAUCAGACGUGAUCCUCCCAUGGACAAAACCGGAUGCAAAGAAGAACUAGGUUUCCUUGGAUCCCUUCCCUGGCUGGGUCGCCCAACUGGCACCCAUUUAUGCUCAUUUAUGAUGCAUAAUAUUAGAAUAACGAAGAAUUAUUGAAUUUAGUGGUCUUCAUCCUGGAUGGCACUACAUUUUCUGAUUUUUUUCCAAUGAACAGUCCAAACUGUAACUGCUGUAAUUCUUGCAGAAGUAACAGAUCAGAACUUUGUGGACGACCCGACAAGAUCCAAGCAAGCAAGUAGAGUAUACAUGAAGAAAAGAUCUCGGAGAACAGCUUCUGCGACCGGAAAUCAAGUAAUCCGCGAGCUUCUUCGCUAAACCUGGUCAAGAACAAGAGAAAGAAAAGAAGAAUAAAAUCAUGGGACUGGCGGUCUGAUCUGAACUUGGGCUUUGUUCUCUUCCAGGCUGCACCGGCGGCGGGCGAGGACGCCAAAUCUGGCAGCGCCAAGACAGCAAAACAUGGAGUAGAAGAAAGACCAUGA